GGUUACUGCCGCAACACAAGCCGGUCAGUCGUCAACAGCGCCGCACGUCGUUAAUUCGUAACACACGCUCGCUCACAAGUACGUAAAAUAUUCACGAACUUAUAAAAUUGUAACUUAAAAACGUAUCGACACCACAUAUUGUCGUCGAAGUGUCGUGCAGUGAACCUUAACUAUCAGUUUUCGUUUUUGAUACUGAUUUUAUUAUUAUAUUAAUAUUCCGAUCGCAUUACUAUUGGUUUUGGUUUUUAUUUCUAACGAUAGUUCGAACCGAUAACAUCCCUUCGAGUGCGUUCCGUGAAUCCAACAUCCGGACGUGUACUGCAGGCUAUAAUUCCGACCAAGUGUCCACGACGUCGAUAUAGCAAGCUGUGGGUAUUAUAUUAUACCUGUGAUUACACGUGAGUCAUUAGCGCUGUCCAUCACCCACUGACUCCAACAUACAUCGAGCAAACGGCGCCGCCGUCGAAGACAUGACGACAUCUGCGGCCUGACCCGCCAAUCGCUUUAGCCGAUCGUCCAUCCGACAGUGAGAACAGCGACGACAUUGACACAGCAGCAUCCUCGUAUACUUAUACAUACUCUGCUCCACGAUGAAUCGGUACACUUGUGCGGCUGUUCUGACGGCGGCCGUUGCGCUCUGCUGCGCCGUGGCCGUCACCGGAUCCGACGAUUCAGCGGCUGCGACAGCCCGGGUGACGAUGGCUACUACGACGACGAUAGACGACGGCCACAGUCAGCUGCUGGACACGGUGGACGGGGUGUUGGACGCUGCCGACUCGUAUCAGCUGGUGCCUGGCGUUCGGAUCAAACGGUCUACCGAUGAUACCGCUGACGUCGCCGCCGUUUCUCAGGACGACCGUGAUCGCGAUCCCGAAAAGUACCUGAUCGAUAGGCUGGCCCGUUUCGUCGGCACCCAUGUUCUGGAUGUCGACUUUGCCGAGAUGUUCCAGACAUCCGGCAGGGCGUUCAUCAACCUUCAUCAUCUGCCAAGAUUUAACUUUGGCAAGAAUUCAUUUUUGACCGGUUUUGGAUUGGGUUUUUUGGCGUUUGGCUUGAAGAAAUUGUUAUUGCCGAUCAUCAUCGGAGCACAAAUCGUCAAAUCCAUCGCACUCGCCGCUCUGUUACCGACACUGUUGGGAAGCGUCGGGAAAGUUGUUUCGAAAGGCGUGUCAAACUUCGCGUCAAGUUCAUCGCACUUUGGGCCCAGCGCCGGUUCGGAUGGUUUGAGUGACUUUGAAUUUAAAGAUCAACAACAGCCAAACAUCGGUCUAGGUUACGACACGGCCGGCGCAGCGGAUACGUCGGGGUCGGAAACUGGUUACCAGAGUAUUUGGACGUAUCCGCCGGAUAACAAUGUGAAUGCGAUCACCGCAAGCUACGGCAGCAGUAGCAACAACAGGUAUCCACUGAAAUACGGCCAGAACGGAGUGUCCAGCACCAAGCUCCAGUCGGGCAACUAUUACACCAAGGAUAAGACCGAGGACUUCAAGGUGUUCCACACAAUACCGGCCAGUUCACACCUGUUGGCCAACUACGAUCCGUUUUACAGCCCACUGUUAUCCAGGAUCGACACGGUGUACAAGCAACUCGGAUACACGACUGAACCGUGCCGGGAACGGUUGGUGUGCCAGAUGUACAAAAACCCAGCCAAGUUCGCGCCUUACAGCAAUCUCGUAUCGGCACAGCUCAGCAGAGAGCUGAACGAACUGCGCAAACCGUCGUCCGAGAACCCGGAGAUCUUGCGAUUUUUCAAGUACAUGAAAGCCGCCAAAGACGGUCAAGACAACAAAGACUGCGAGAUGAUAUUCUCGUCAUGCGUGUCGCAAAGGUCGCCGGACGAUUCGGUGCCCAUGAUGACCACUUACAACGAGAUCAACAAACUGGUACAGGCUCGAAACGCGAAGAAACUUGCGGAAUCGUCCACAGUCGCCGACGGGGUAAUGUCGGGAUCUUCCAUCGUCGCAGACAACGUAAAGUCGGGAUCUUCCAUCGUCGCAGACGACGUAAAGUUGGGAUCUUCCACCGUCGCAAACGACAUAAAAUUGGUAUCGUCUACGGUCGCAGACGACGUUAAGUCGGAAUCGUCCACCAUCGCAGUCAACAUAGAAUCGGCAUUGACACAUUGAAGUGAAUAGACGACGUUUUUUUCGAUCCAUGACGCAGCGUGGCAGCAUAUAUUCAAAGUCAUUAGGAAAUAUAUACGAUACCUCGUCUAGCUCAACAUAGUUUUAUAGUUGUAGUUAUUUUGUAUAGUUACGGUUAUAGUUAGUAUGCGGAAUGCGCAAAUAUUGUAGGAUGAUAUUUAUUUAUUUAUCGCAUGAUAAACUGUUAUAAUAUUAUGUUAUCGGUAUAACAAGCGAGUCUCAUUUUUAUAAAAAUAAUAAUUUAUUGUGUAUACUCUGUAAACAUAAUACUUCGAUAAUUUGUCAUAGUUUCGAGCCUAGUCGAGCUGGAUGCAUAAUAUUAUAAUUUAUAAUAUUCUACGUUCAGUCGAAACACGCAGAGUACCAGUGGAGUACUGGAAUCGCAGCCCAACUGACAAAUUCAUCGAAUCUUAUGUUUUCAAUACCUAUUAUAUAUAUUAUAUAUAUAUAUAUAAUUAAAUGCCGGAAUGAUUUUUGUUAAUUUGAACAUACUUUCUCAUCUCAAGUUCGGUCGAAGUAUGAAAAACGUAUUUCGAGUCCCAUCCUUAGCACAUCUAUUUAUUUAUUAACUUAUUUAUUUGUUUGAUUUUUUAUUUAUUUAUUUAUUUAUUUAUUUAUUUAUUUAUUUAUUUAUUCGAUUUGGGGUUGCUCAAUUCGAAGCGUGGAGCGGAAGCACUUAUGGGAAAAAGCGUUUUCGGAACAGUUUAAAAUAUUAUUUGUGAUAUCGAUACGAUUAUUAUGUAAAUACACGGAUUCUGCUUACUUAGGUAUCAUAUAAACUAUUAUAACGAUGAUUUAUAAUUAACAGUAUUCCUAGUUUUUAUACAAAAAACAUUUCAAACAUAUUUUGAACUCGUAAUCAUAAAAUAAACUAUAUAAAAUAAAAACUAAGUUUAAAGUUUAUUACUGUUUAUUAUUAUCGUAUUCUCCUCCAAAAAAGUGUCGAAAAUAUUGAUUUUACACACAGUGUUGAGUUAUAACUGUAUACACCAUUUAUAGUUAUUAGUUAUGAUUAAUAACCAAAUAACAAGUGUGUGUAAAGUUCAACUAUAGAUAGGUAUUAAAUUUACAUUAUACAAUAGUAGCUACAAUAGUAAUAUUAUCAUAAUACUAGUAAUUUUAUUUUAUAUUGUAUAAUAAUAUCUUCAUUUAUAGAUUAUGGAAGAUCCGGUUAAGUUUAUUUAACAGAUAAAAUAUACCGAUGUCUUAAUAGUGUUUUGGGCCUUUGAUAAUAACCGUAUCAUCCAACUCGUGUAUUUAUGUCAUGAUAUAAUAUUAUAUUGUUUUAAAUCAAUUAUUAUUUAUAUUAAUAUAUUUAUUUUGUUUUAGAAUUUUGUAAACACCAAACAUAUAUUACGAUGUACAGCCAUACAAUGUAGAUAGAAUAUAACAUAAAAUAAUACAUGGCAGUUGUGUAUUUACCAUUGAUGUAUUGGGUACACAACUAUGUAUUAAUAUUUAUAGUAUUAUUAUAGUCAGUAUUUUGUAAUUUUUUUGUGCACUAAUCAAACACAGUUGUUUUUAAAAUCAUGUUUUUUAAUUGAAUUGAUAUUUUAAUUUCUUUUUUUUAAGAUUCUGUACCUUCAAACACUUCCAUUGUUAGCUCUUAAUAUAAAAACUUUAAUUUAAAAAAUAUUACUAUCAAUAAAUUGUGUAUCAAUAUAU